CGCCGGCAGGAAGGUCAAGAGCAAUGCGGAUCUCUGCAAGGAUAUCCGAGAAUUUUUAUCGGCGGUGGGUCUACCGGAGGAUCAUGUCCCCUCAAUGAAGGAUUUUUCACAAUAUGGAAGGCAAGACCUUGCAAAUAUUGUCCGACGGAGAGGAUAUAAACUUAUUAGAGAACUUCUUGCAACCUCAACAGAGACAAAUGUCAAUGGGUCUGAUGCGGAAGAAGGCUUGGUGGAAAAAAAGGACACAGUUAGUGCUAGCUUGGAUGAAUUAGCAGGUCAGGAUGAGACAGUGAAAGAUUUUGGUGAAGUGUUUUCCUGGUCAAGAGAAGAUCUCAGCAUGAAAGACAAUAUAAGUACCAUGAAUAUUGAUAGGGAUCUCAUUUCUGAUGACCAAAGUUCCAUUUCCACAGAGUCUUCAGCUAAUUCAUCUUUGCAGGAAAAGGUAGCCAAAUUUAUCCAAAUUGGAGAAUUGGAUACAAUUGAGGGUAGUGGCUUUGACACGUUAAAUGAAAAUGGCAACAUAUUUAUUGAGUCACAAAAUGCCACAGAAGAAGUAUCAAGUUCCAACAGUGAAAAGCGCAGUGAUCUGGUGCUUGUUAGAACUGAUGCUGCUAAAAUAUUGGAUGGAACCAGUACAUUGUCAACCCAGCAGGUUGCCCAUCCAGUGUCUGAAAAUCAUACUCCAAGGAACAAUUGUGAUUGGACUGAAGAGCUAAUAAUUGCUGAUCACAAUGACGAUCUGGAUGCUGAGAAUAGAGAAGUGGAAAAUCAAGCUGAAAUUUAUCGUCUUAAGUUCAUGAUGCAUCAGAAGGAGUUGGAGUUGUCUCGGUUGAAGCAAGAGAUUGAAAAAGAAAAGAAUUACACAUUGCUGAAGAAGGCCUUUCUGGGCUGGAGGAGGUUGAAAUCGAAUACUGGGGGGAUGGUGAAACUGUGGAGGUGGCAGGUAGCUUCAAUGGCUGGCAUCAUCGGAUUAAAAUGGAUCCACAUCUGGCAGCAAGUAUCAUAG